CUUCUCACUUAAUUCCAACGUCGUGCACCGUUGAAGCUCGAUCACCCCACCGCCGUGCACCCAACACCACACACCCAAAAUGUCCAACCAAGGCUACUACGACCAGGCCCAAGGCCAAAACCAGGGCUACUACGGCCCGCCGCCGCCGAACCAGCCAUACGGCCAGUAUCCCCCGCCGCAACAGCAGAUGUACUACGCGCCAGGUCCCCCACAGGCGCCCGCACAGCAGGAGCGAGGGCAGAAGAAGGAGCGAGGGUGUUUGGCUGCUUGUCUUGCGACGAUAUGCUGCUGCUGGAUAUGCGGCGAGGCAUGCGAUUGCUGUCUAGAUAUGCUGGAGUGCUGCUGCUAGAAGCGUGUCCCGUUCCGCGACAAUGAAAGUGGGAGGAUGAGACGACGAAGAACCGUGCGAUAAAUGAUACGAGUGGAGGCGUGUCGAUACCAGACAACGGAAGGAGUCACGAGAAUAACGGCUUAAUCUCUCGAUUUUAGGACUGCUUUUGAGGCAACGGAUAGGCGGGCAGUGUGCUAGAAGCACUCCCAAGUACGAACGGAAGAGGACUCAAUAAUUCCAUAUUCAGAACAACGAUUGAUACCCAAGUUGGCUGAGUUCCACCACCAACAACAAGACCGCGAACGUCCCCCGCUAAGCUAUGCUAACCAUACUAAGAUAUAUGGGACAUGAUUCUAGUUUUCUGACGAGGCGCAGACUCCGAUGGGCUUUGCUUGAGCGGAGGAAGAGCACGCCCUGGAAAACGAACAUUCUUUCAGUCGUCAUAUGCC